GUUGACUUUUCAGGACUCACAGAAGUAAACAAGAGCUCAGAAAAAGUGGUCUUGUAAUAGUAAAUAUAGAUUUUAUUUAGAUAAAUCUGCAUCCCAGCAUGUCUUCUAGUAAACCACAAGACAGUGUACCGAGGUGGGAAAGAUGGGUUCGGGUCGUGUUUUGUGUUUUAGGAUUAAUCCUGUCGGUUUAUGCUCUUCACGUGGAGCUGUCACGAGAAAACGACCCAAAUUACACGGCUAUGUGCGACCUCGCUGAUUCUGUCAGCUGCUCCAAGGUUUUCACCUCCAGGUGGGGACGUGGAUUUGGUCUCGUUCAGCUGUUUGCUGAAAAGGACAGCAUUCUGAACCAACCAAACAGUUUACUGGGCAUCAUCUUUUACACUCUGCAGCUAGGCCUAGGCCAAAUGGUGUCAAAUACAGCAGCACAUUUCUUGGUCAUGGCAUCCUGGGUGUCAGUAGCUGGUUCGAUCUAUCUAGCUUCUAUUUUAGUAUUUGUUCUGGAAGAUUUCUGCAUGGUGUGUGUGUCGACAUACAUCAUCAACUUUUCUCUCCUCUACACCAACCUGCAGAGAAGGACAUGCCUUAGAGGAAAGCAGAAAAAAGACAAGACAAAAUGAGACCUUGUGUGUGUGCUUGUGUGUGUUUGUGUCUGUCUGUCUGUCUGUCUGCUGAAACAAUUCCACCAUACAAGAAUAUAGUGUUCUUUGCUUAUAGAGCAGACAUUUUUGUUACACAAACACCAGCAAAUGAUUAAUUCUGUUUACUUAAAAACUAUUUGCCUUUUUGAAUAAAAGCUUAUAAAAAAGUAA